GCCCUCUCUGAACUUGUUGUCUCUUGCCAUCUGACCCCGUCUUUCAGCACAUUCUUCGACCCCUCUCACGCCCAAGAACGCGUUGCCGCUAUUUUUGGCAGCCCGGGUCGUGGAAUGGACGGAGCUUGCUGCAUUUCUCUCAAGGUGCGCAGCACACCGCUCCCUUCAGCUUGACGUUAUGGGACCGUCGAGAAUGCCAAGACAGAAAUGUGCAACGUAGGGGCUAAUGAACCAUCUUCGUGGGCUCGAAUGACAGAUGCCUCUGGCACGCGUCCGGCAACACACUCUGAAGCUUGUUUUCAUGGUCAUGGCGUGUCUGGGAAGGAUAUGCUGCAGCAUGUCUCCAGUGUUGUUCUCCGGAUUCCCCCCGAUCAUCGGCUUUGGUGGCUCUUCCUGCUCCAUUCCGGAUUUACUGAACACUAGCUUGCUAUUCUAUGCACCGUUCAGAAUGUACUCGAUCAUUUCGUGAACGAUCUUUCUGGGCGCGUGUAGUUCACCACGUUGCCUGCAAACCUUGCUGGUCGCCAGAUUCGUUGCCGGGCCGUCGGACUUCCUCGGGACCAUUAUCGAAAUACCUUUUGGAAGGAUGCUAUUUCCAAGAGCGUGGUUAGGAACGACGCUUUUGCCAAACAGGCGCAAACAGUACUGAGGCUUUUGAGCGCGACAAUCAAUGCUAAAGUCAACACUUUCGCCAACUCCACCUCUUUGCCUUGCGAUGAUCUUUACAUCUCACACUAGAUUUGAGUGUAUUCGAUUGUGAUCUUCACUUCGCUGUUUCGACGUGUCGAUGCCGCAAGACCCAAGUAGUCUGAUAUCUCACGUGUGCAGUCGAAUGAGGUAGGUUUUAGGAACACUGACACGUCGAUAUUAGUUCAGCCUAUGUCUCUUUGAAAUUGUCGGUAUAAUUCCACAUUAGUGCGUGGUGCGAUCGAUGACCUCACGGAUACAAACCUUGCUGCGAAUGUGGGGCGAGCUGGCUUGUUGGCCCACGCCUUCGACGUCACACUCCACCACCCGCCUGAUGCUUAUACUGGGCUGUCUCGCAUUCGUUCCCCCUUCACCUUAAAUCUCCACGCUGUGCAUAACAGUCACUAACGAAUCUUAACGAACAACCGACACGAUGACCACUGCUCACCUCGGAGGUGAAGGGUAUUCAGCGACCAACCCCGUCCCCACUAUCAAGAAGUUCCAAGAGGAAUACUCGCCAGACGGGGACGUCGACAAAGACAAGUCUCUUCCACCCACUCCUGCUGUCCAACCGCCUCCUCCCCGUGGGCAGCCGAAACAGGAUGACAAGAAAGAGCUUAUGGAGCGUAUGCAGCCUCCUAAGGGCUCGUCACCCAUGGAUGCUGCUAAGCAGAAGGGGGGCAAAUGGGUCAAAGAUCCCGUCACAGGCCAAACCGUGCUGUUGAAGAAUCCACAGAUGGCAGACUUCCGCGAGAAGGGUCUUGACAACGACGCUCUCGACCCUGAGAAAGACAAAGCUGGACCAGCUCUCAAGGUACCCCCGGACCCGACCAAGCACGGUCAAGAUGAACGUUUCGCUGCCCCACAAUCCGCUGAUAUUGGGAACAUCAACCUUCAAUCCUUCCCACCUCCAUUGGAACCUGUCGAUAUAAGUAAAGCGAAAUUCAUCCUUCGAACAGGAGCCAUGGUCACCACUGUUGCUUGCCUUGCUUUAUGGUUCAGCGUCGUACUUAGAAACGGCUUGGGCUGGUGGAGUUGGAUGUUGAGGACGGGUCUCUUGUGUGGUACAAUCUUUGCCGCCUGGGUGGGGAGCGAGAAUGCGGGUCGGAAGGUCGAGAAGGAGUUGGAGAGAGUGAGGAUGAACAUGCAUACGCAGAGAGCGGAGAACUUUAGCCCACCUACGCCUGAAAGUGCCGAGUGGAUGAACGCGUUGUUCAAAGUUGUCUGGGGUUUAGUCAAUCCGGAGAUGUUUGUACCAAUCGCUGAUAUGGUUGAAGAUGUCCUUCAAGCGUCUUUGCCAGGAUUCAUUGACGCUGUUCGUAUUGCCGAUAUCGGUCAAGGCACGAAUCCAAUCCGGAUCGUCUCUAUGCGUGCUCUUGCAGAUCAACCUGAUCAUCCUGACUAUCCACGCGAAGAGUGGGUUAGACUCGAUAAGGAUGCUCAAAGCAAAGCUCAGGCUACCGAGAAAGAUCAAGACGGUGACGCCAGUUCAGAUCCUUCGAAGGAGAUUGAUACAGACCAAACUGGAGAUUACGUCAACUACGAAGUCAGCGUAUCGUACCAAGCACUCCCGGGUCAAGCCCACAAGUUACGUCAACACAAUAUGCAUCUCAUGCUGGAGUUCUUCCUUGGUGUCUUGGAUUGGUUCCGGGUGCCCGUUCCUAUCUACGCGAUUGUCGAAGGCUUUGUCGCUACCGUUCGCAUGCGGAUCCAGUUCAUUCAGAACCCUCCCUUUGUGCGGAACCUGACCAUUACGUUGAUGGGCGUACCCAAAGUGGAAGUCUCUGUGGAACCCUUCACGAAGAAGUUGCCGAACAUCUUGGAUUUGCCUUUGAUUAAGUCAUUCGUUGAAAUGGGUAUCGCAGCCGCUUGUGCAGAAUAUGUCGCACCGAAAUCUUUGACUCUCAACCUUGCACAGAUGCUCGCAGGUGACGGUAUCAAGAAGGACACUCAGGCCCUCGGCGUCCUCGUCAUCACUAUUCACCAUGCAAUCGACCUCAGUGCACAAGAUAGCAAUGGGAAAUCCGAUCCUUACAUCGUGCUCGCUUACGCCAAGUUCGGAAAACCUUUGUACAGCACGAGGAUCAUCGAAGGAGAUUUGAACCCUGUUUGGGAGGAGACAGCGUUUCUCCUGGUGACGGAUGACGAGGUGAAGGGAGAAGAAGACGUUAGUGCUAUGCUUUGGGAUUCGGACAAGAGGAGCGCAGAUGAUUUGGUGGGAAGGGUUACUAUUCCUUUGACUGAAUUGAUGCGUGAGCCCAACAAGAUGAUCCCGAGAGUUGACAAGCUUCAGGGUUUCGAGGAUGCUAACGCAAUGCCCGGCGAACUUCAUUGGGAAAUCGGAUUUUACGAGAAGGCACCUCUGAACAAGGAUCUGAAGAAGGAAGAGAAUCCGAACCUUCCAGAUGUUAUCAAAGACAAUAAACAAUCGCAGGAGCAAGCCACAGUCGCUGAUAGUCAAGAAGAAGCAGACGCUUUGCGUACACCUCCAGACCCGAACAUUGCCAGUGGCAUUCUCUCCGUCAUCAUCCAUCAAAUCAAUAAUCUCGAACGCCAGGACAUUAAAGGCAAUACUGGCAAACGCGAAGGGCAAGCAGGUCAAGACACUGCCGAACCAGCUGAAGAGGGCCAGAAUAUGCCUAACGGUUACUGCGAGAUCAUUGUCAACGAUGAUCUCAUCUACAAAACGCGUGUCAAGCAAUACACGAGUAUGCCCUACUUCGAGGCUGGUACUGAAAAGUUUGUUCGUGACUGGAGAGACACGGUCGUCCGCGUUCAGGUCCGAGAUGCUCGGGUGAGAGAGAAUGACCCCGUGCUUGGUAUCGUCACUGUGAAGCUUUCGGAGCUGUUCAAAAACAGUUCCGAAGUAACGCGUUUAUUUUCUCUUCAGGAGGGAGUUGGUUAUGGUCGCGCCAACAUCUCAUUCCUUUUCCGACAAGUCAAGACUGAUCUUCCUCCAAACCUACUGGGCUGGGACACAGGCACGGCCGAAAUCCUUGGUCCCAUCAGUAUCGAGCCGGUGCCAGAAUUCACGGAAGGCUUCCAAACCAAAAAGAUCACCGUUUCUACCACCGAGGAUUCCUACAAGGUACCCGCUAGUGCGGCCGAGAAGCAGGAAGGCGGAAAAGUAGUCUGGAAUGUCCCUGUUGAAAAGGUUCGGUUGCCAGUAUACAAUCGGUAUUCCAGCGCGGUGCUCUUCGAGAUUGGAAGCGGUGGUAUAGGACCUCUUGGCGCCAGCUCAGACUUUGUAGCCAUGUGUUGGUUGAAGGAUGUAGCUGAUGAUGAGGAGACGGAGGUUCGGGUACCAGUGCUUCGAAGCAAAGAUCUCAAACAGAUCCGCCAGAAUUACAUUAAUGAAGAGACUGCGAAGGCACACCAGUAUGACAUUGUUGGCUGGCUCACCUGCUCUCUCGUUCUUGAUUCCGGACUCGAUCCAGACCAUGCCGAUUUCCAAGGUUCUCGUCCUGAUAAACAUCGCUAUGAAGCAUAUGAUCGCGUCGAAGGGCAACAAGCUAUCGCAGAGCGUACUGCGCAUGCAGGAGAUGACGGCAACAUUUCGAAGAAGGAGCAGAAAGAGAUUGAUGCUGAAAAGACUCACCAGUUGAACAUGCGGCAUCGAGGAGUGAUGCAGUACAAGCCGGUUCGGACUGCGAAAUGGUCCAAAGAGGGGUUGAAGAAGCGAGCGCAUGAUAUCAAGAACAAGAUCACAGGCGACAAAGACCGAGAGCCCACAGUUGAGAGUGAAGCGUAAAUCGUGGACACUCCAAUUAUGACGGUAUUAUCACAUGAAUAUGCGCACUAGGCACUGUAUAUUAUUUUCAUUGACUCAUUUCUACUGGUGUCGAGUACGACUUGCACAGCAAAUUUCUGGAAGUUGUGAUAGGGAAUAAGGAACUGUGUCAAGC